AUGGGCGACGCAGACGUGACAGCAAGCUCCUGGAAGUUGGUGGAAGUUGGCCGUGUCGCACUCCUCAGCGCUGGUCCCCACGCCGGCAAGAUCGCAGCCAUCGUCCAAAUCAUCGACCACAAGCGGGUCCUCAUAGACGGCACAUCCGAGAAGCCCGAAGAGAGCGUCCCCCGCCAUGCCGCCAACCUCUCCUACAUGUCGCUCACCGGCAUCGUCAUCCCCAAACUCCCGCGCGGCAUCGGCAGCGGAGCGCUGAGGAAGAAGUGGAUCGAGCACGAGGUGGAGAGCCAGUGGAACAACAGCUCAUUCGCGAAGAGCAGGGCGAAGAGCAUCCGGAGGAAGGAGCUGAGCGACUUCGAGCGAUUCAAGGUGAUGAAGCUGAGGAAGCAGGCUCGCUUCGAGGUACGGAAGACGCUGGCUGCUGCAAAGGCAAGCUCAUAG